AUGGAUUCACCUUCAAAUAGCAACUUAGUCUAUCUAAUAGACCAAAUUCGUUCGAAUCUUUUAAUAUUGGAUGGACAUGAAACAAUGAAAGAAACUCCUCGUGCGCAUGCAUGGCUGCUAACAACAUUAUCAAUCUAUGGUGAUCAAUUCGAUGUUUUAAUUGAUCUGUAUCGUUUAUUUCGUGAGCAAAGUUCCUACAUAUUAUUAUCCUUUAUAAUUGAACAUAUUUUACAGCAUCAUAUGAAUGAAAUAGAUAAAAGUGCUUAUUUGCUCGAAGAAUUUCAAUCAAUAUUCACAGCUUCUUCUAACAGUUUCAUUGAAAAAAAUCAAUUUUCUUAUCAUCAUCUUUGUUCACUUUUAUCAUCGUCAACACGCGAUAUAAUAUCAUCCUUAUUGAUACGUAAAUGGUAUGAUGAACUUGAAAAAAGUCUAUUAUUAUCAUCAAAAUCCACCGAAUCAUUAAAUCAAUGUCGUGAAAAAGCUCUUGCUUGUUUAUCAUUAUCGUCAUCAUCAUCAAUAUCAUCAAUACUUCAACUAAUAAUAAAUACUGAAGAGAAAAUUGGUUUCAAUAUACAACAGACAUCGUUGAAUAUUCUACGUUGUUUAUUCGUACAAGAUCUUUUACCAAUCGUAUUAGAAAAUCGCCAACGACUAAAUAUUCAAUCACAUUUAUGUCAUAAAUGGUUAAUUUAUGCUAUUGAAUUUUAUUUGGAAUAUUUUAUAAUUUGUUUUAAAACUAAUCAAAUUAUAAAUAUUCAUGUUAAACUAGAAGGAAAUUCUGAAAGAACAUAUCAAUGUGAUAAUCCCAUUGAACAAAUUGAAAAGUUAAUCAACUUGGCUAUGACUAUGCAAGAAAAUUUUAAUUGGCAACAAUUUAUUAUUAAUCAUGCUAUUCCAAUUGGAUCAUCAACUCGUCGUCAAAAGUUAUUAGAAUUGCGUGUUCUUAUUGAUCGUACUCAUAAUUCUACUAUUCGAUGUCCAUUAGAAUGUUUCAUUUUUUGUACAUCGUUUCCUGUUUUUAUUCAAUCAGUUCUUAAUCUUUCAGCAAUACUCAAUGGCGACGUAUAUAAAGAUUAUAUAUUUAUAUGUUCAACAUCGUCGAUAAAAGCUUUCAUGAAUAGGAAAAAUGAAAUAAUUAAUCUUGAAUUUAUUGAGAAUUUUUUUUUAUUUGUCGAAUGUCUUAGUUUAUUACAACAAUCUCAAACAGUUUCAUGUUUAAAACUCUAUCAAGAAACAAUCGAUAAAAUUCAUCUAAAUUCAAAUAUUGACAAUUAUCGACGUUUAUUAAGAAUUUUUUAUUUUUAUUAUCUAAUUCAAAAAUCAAAAACCGACAAAACUAUCAAAUCAAUUGAACAAACAAAUCAAAAUGAACCAAUUAUUAUCGAUGACACACCUCAAAGUCCAACAAUGCAAGACGAGUCCAAUGUUGAAUCGAAUUCUACAGUUAAUAAUAGUCCUUUAAUUUCACCUGAUACUGAAAAUUUAAUACAACAAUUGAGUGAUAAUUCUCUUGAAUCACGCCUUCAAAUAUGUUCACUUUUUGCCAUAGCACAUCACUCUGAUCAACGUCAUUCAACAAUAUCAUUUUGUAUUGAUACAUUAAUAUAUAUCUAUGAAAAUUAUGCAUCUAAUAAUCAACAAAAACCUCUCUUGUCAAUAUCAUCUGACUAUUGCUUUAUUCCUCAUUCAUAUGAUACAAUCUUUGAUUAUACAUUAGAUAUUAUCGUUCAAAAACUUUCACCGACAUUGAUACUUCUACAAAUCGAACAAGAACGUUUAUCAUCAUCAUCAUCGUCAGUAACAUCUAUUUAUCCAAAAAAUCUACUUCAUACAUUAUCACCAGCAUUGCUUCGUUAUAUAUACGAUCGGAAAUUACUUGGACAACUGUUAAAAUAUAUUCAAACAACAACAAAAACUGAACGACGUUGGCCAACAAAUACCAAUAAACGAAAGUUAGACGAUGACGAUAUUCAAAUAACUGAUGAGCAAUUCGUCGAAAAAAUUAUUCAACAUGUUGGUAAUAUCACACAAUGGACCAAUGAACAACGACGAUACGCUAUCUAUACAUAUAUUAUAGAUCAACGACAGACACUUCUUCAGUCGCUAUAG